GCGCGGAGAGAAAAGGCGCGAGCGGCCGACGGGCUCCGGCCGGACACCCUGCUGCUGCAGCGGACGCCGCCCUCGCCACGGCCUCGGCCUCGGCCCCGGUGUGUUCACUGAUCCGCCUCCAAGACCACCGCCAUGUCGAGCCGCGGUGGGAAGAAGAAAUCCACCAAGACCUCACGGUCUACCAAGGCAGGAGUCAUCUUCCCCGUGGGGCGGAUGCUCCGGUAUAUCAAGAAAGGCCACCCCAAGUACAGGAUUGGAGUGGGGGCACCUGUGUACAUGGCUGCUGUCCUGGAAUACUUGACAGCCGAGAUCCUGGAGCUGGCUGGCAAUGCAGCGAGGGACAAUAAGAAGGGACGGGUCACGCCUCGGCACAUCCUACUGGCUGUGGCCAAUGAUGAAGAGCUGAAUCAGCUGCUAAAAGGAGUCACCAUAGCUAGUGGGGGAGUGUUGCCGAAUAUCCACCCGGAGCUGCUAGCGAAGAAGCGAGGAUCCAAAGGAAAGCUGGAAGCCAUCAUCACUCCACCCCCAGCCAAAAAGGCCAAGUCUCCAUCCCAGAAGAAGCCUGUGUCCAAGAAAGCGGGAGGCAAGAAAGGGGCCAGGAAAUCCAAGAAGAAGCAGGGAGAAGUCAGCAAGGCUGCCAGCGCCGACAGCACAACUGAAGGCACGCCCACCGAUGGCUUCACAGUUCUCUCUACCAAGAGUCUCUUCCUUGGCCAGAAGCUGAACCUUAUUCACAGUGAAAUCAGUAAUUUAGCCGGCUUUGAGGUGGAGGCCAUAAUCAAUCCUACCAAUGCUGACAUUGACCUUAAAGAUGACCUAGGGAACACACUGGAGAAGAAGGGCGGCAAGGAGUUCGUGGAAGCUGUCCUGGAACUCCGGAAAAAGAAUGGGCCCCUGGAAGUAGCCGGAGCUGCCAUUAGUGCCGGCCAUGGCCUGCCUGCCAAGUUUGUGAUCCACUGCAAUAGCCCAGUCUGGGGCGCAGACAAGUGUGAAGAACUCCUGGAAAAGACGGUGAAAAACUGCUUGGCUCUGGCUGACGACAAGAAGCUGAAGUCCAUUGCAUUUCCAUCCAUCGGCAGUGGCAGGAACGGGUUCCCGAAGCAGACGGCUGCCCAACUGAUCCUGAAGGCCAUCUCCAGUUACUUCGUGGCUACCAUGUCCUCCUCCAUCAAAACCGUGUACUUCGUGCUUUUCGACAGCGAGAGCAUAGGCAUCUAUGUGCAGGAGAUGGCCAAGCUGGACGCCAACUAGCCAGAGCCUGCCCGUGCCGUGCCCUCGCCUCCGAAGAGAAGAAAAAGCCCCUCGUCCCCAUUGGGAGGUGGGGUCCCCCUUUCAGUUUCACUCAUCUAGGAAAAUAAGGUUUUGGUUUCCAGUUUAAUUGUUUUCACCCUUCUGAAAUGUUUUUACGUUAGCACUGAUAGUUGGCAUUGCUGUUGUGAGCACUGUUCGGACCGUGUCUGACUUAGUGUACCCUAGGAGGCUUUCUAGUUUUGUUUUACUGAGCCCUGGCUGGCGCAGAGCAGCGGGGGGCCGCCUCUGCAGUCCUCGGCGCGGACGCCGACCCUGACCGUGUUGUGGUGCUUUACCGUACACCCACGAUGUUCUUUUUCCUAUGAUUUUUUCCCCCCUUCAGAAACAAAAAUCAUGAAAUUUGCAACAGACCUAAUUUUUGGUUUACUUUUUGUCUUAAUGAUUUGAAAAUGGGAAAAUUUAAAGGCACAACAAGACGUGUUGUCCUUCAUUAUAUUUGCAAUUGGGAAUUUGUGUGAACUGGUUUAGUAAAACGUUAAAGCUGUU